CAUACUCUAGUCCAACCCACUGACAUGAGUCAAACAACUGAAUGCUCCUCCUCUGCAGUUGGGUUUUAGAAGAAAGUAAACAGCUUGGCUAUAGGACAUUCACACCUUAUCUCCUGUGAUACACGUGCACAACUGUGUGCCACUAUCCUUGGUAUCUUAAAGACAGACUGUCACAAAGUGAGAAGGAGAAAACAGAACAUUUGGAAAAAAGUUGCCAGCCAGUUAUGCGGUAUAACAGAACACGGAGGCCUCUUUGUUCUCAAAGGAGAAAAAAAGAUGACAAAUGAUCAUUUGAAAAAGCUGUUGGUAUAUUGUAUGUUAUGUUGCACUCAGAAAAUCAUCGUGCAGGGUGCACAGACUUUCCAAACUAAAGUUGCUCUGCUUCGCCAUGUUGAGCCAAAUAACCCAAAGUGCUUUGCUGAAGGAAUUCGGGACCUCACCUGCUUCUGGGAGGAGGAUGAGGAAAGGGCUGGUUCUGCUAAACAGUAUUCCUUCAUAUACACAUACCAGAAUGAGAACAGCAGUGAGUGUAACGUGACUGCACUACCAGCAGCCGGCGGCAGAAUACUGUAUUUCUGCAGGUUGUCCCAGACUCAGUUGUUCGUGCCUCUUGACAUCCAGGUUUUUCGGGAUGGACUGCUCAUCCACAACCGCAGGCUUCACAUCGAGCUUUUUUUCCUGUUAGACCCACCUGUCAAUUUGACAGUGAAGCGUACAGAGAAGCAGGGCCAACUGAAAGCUAGCUGGAUGCCUCCCCCUCUCAAGUACCUGGAUGACAGCAUGAUGUAUGAAGUCAGCUACGUCAUUGCAGGGACCCAAAUGGGGCAGGUGGAGGAGGUACGAGCGAGCUCUGAGGUCAUCUUGCUAGGUCUGCAACCAGGUGCCAAGUACAGUGUGCGCAUUCGUGUCAAGCUAGACGGCGUUAGCUACAAUGGCUACUGGAGCGCCUGGACGGACCCCGUACUGAUGGCAACGUUGCCUGGCGACCUGGACCCUCUAAUCGUGUCCCUGACUCUCAUCAUUUCCCUCAUACUCACCCUGCUGUCCCUCACCGUGCUCCUGUCCCAUCGCAGGUUCCUAUUGAAUAAGAUCUGGCCAGUCAUUCCCAACCCUGAAAGCAAGUUUCAAGGAUUAUUUACUGUUUAUGGUGGUGACUUUGAGGAAUGGCUGGGCUACAGCGCUGGAGGGUUAUGCUUGAGGCCAGCCUACUUCUACUCUGAGGAACUUCCAGCUCCAUUAGAAGUUCUCUCAGAGGUCAGCCUCGACUUACCCAGCUCUCCCUUGCCGCCCAAGGCUAAACAGGCACCUGGCGAAGAUGAGAAGCUGAAGAGGAUAGACUCAUUGAUGGAGAGAUGGAGAGAAACGCCUCAUGAACACUGGCUGAUGGACCAGCUACGGGUCCUACAUCAGCUCCCUGGACCCCAGUGUUCUCAACUGGAAUCUCAGGACGCCUAUGUAACCCUCAAUGCUCAGAACCACAGUGGAGAGGAGCCUCUGGAUGAUAUACUGGAGGAAACCUUGCCCUUGCAGGCUCUCUUUGCCUCUGGAAGGACAUGCUCUGAAUCUCACUCAGACCUGGGAUCCCUCCAACAGAGCUCAGGGUCAGGCCGUCUCUCGACCCAGUCCAGCUUUGAGUACCCAAACCACACCUGGCCACCCAAAGGCCCUGGGUACACCUACAUGGCUGUGGCCGACUCAGGUGUCUCCAUGGAUUACAGUCCGAUGAGCUCUAGUAGGAUUGAUUACAUGGGGAAGGGAGUUAUCUAUACCAAUGAGUACAGGAAUGAGAUCCCUGCACACAGACAACCCAUCCCAUUUGCAUUCUGAAUUAAAGCUAAGCUUAUGCACCACUCGUUCAGUGGAAGUUUGAAGCUUCAAUGAUGCAAAAAACUAAAACAAGACUGAAAUAAUAUUUACCAUUAGUAUGUUUGGCCAAGGCUUCUUCAUUGACCUUCCUCCUGUCAAAAUUCCAGGAUGUUGCCUAACAGCCAAACUAAAAUGUAAGUUGAAGGGCUUUGGUCAGGAAGGGAUGUUUUCCUGAUGAAACUCAGUGUCAAAAGGCAAUUUCCACAAAAUACCUUAAUUCAAAAGGACUGCUGUUUGAGAAAUACAUGAACAAAUGAAACUCUUAUGAUUUUGUUAAACACAUGCAAUACAUGAUUUAAAUGUAAUUAUACAUCUUUUCGGUAAAUUCACGAGGUUAUUCUGUAUUGUUUUAAUGAAAUAACUAAGCGAAGUUGACAAUUGUAAAUAUUGUUUGUCUACUGUGGAUUGUACAAGAGUAUAUAAAAUAACUAUGUAACUUUAGUCUUACAUGAAACACCUGCAGGUAGUGUAAGGUGUACAAAACAGUGUUUAGGAAAUGCAUCAUAUUUCAAUAUGAUUCCGUUGUACAGCUCUUACAUGCAAUGCUUAAAUCUACAAAGGUUGUAAAAGUCAAGGUUUUCACCUCCAAUAAGAUAUUAUCAAACAUUUUGGGAAAUCAUAAGCAUCUAGAAAUGCCCUUGAAGAGGUUUGAGAAACCAAGGAUUACAGGGUUACAAAAAGGUUGUGUAUUCCUAAAACGCUGUCCCUAAAAAGCUAAGGGAGAACACAUGUUCCUGAUUAAAUCCUAAGCAAAUCUCAUAAAUCUUGAAACUGUAAAUAUUUAGUAUCUGUCAUAAUAUAUGGGUAAAGAACUUAGUCAAUAUAAGUUGCCCCAUUUUUUAAUCUGUAAAAAGUUGUAUGCGUUGGCACAUGUGAAUUUGACAACUCAAUGUGUAAGUCACUCUGGUUAAGUGUCUGCUAAAUGAAAUAACCAAUUGGGAAAAAAUGUAUUGACGCCAAAACAUCGAUUUUAACAGAUUACGCUUAGGUGGGGUUCUGCUCUGUCCAGGGAAGAUAAAGAACAAUGAAGGACAUGUUUUUGUAGGACAAAACAUCUUUCCCCAAGAUAGGGAAAUAUAUUUGAAAGAAUUUAAAGUGUUUAUAAAAAGGCAUGUAAAUGUGUGUAUUAAAAUUGUCUUUGGAUUUUGUUAUACAUUUUCUAGCUUUAUUUCUUUGCUUUUCAGUAUAAUUUUGAAAUAGUCUGAUUAAUGUUAUCACUACAUCCCAUAAUACUACUGUGAUAUCACUACUGAGCCUCUGACAAUCUACAAUUGUUGUAGAUAUGUAUGUGGUCAAAUAAUGUCAGUAUCAUGCCUAAAAUAUAACAUUCAGGUUUAUAAAAUCAGAUGCUUUGCCAUUUUACAUAUCUUCUGGUGUAUGUAAUUUUUUUUACACAACUUAAAAUGUUUUGACAUUAAACUGUGUACCAUUGUGUUCUCAUUAUAUAUUAACUGAGAAAAUGUUGUGGAUGGAUAUAAAAAAAAAAACACCUAUCCAAAAAAGACAUCAGUAAACAUGUUCUGCCCCAGUUUUGCCAUUUAACCCACAGUACUAGCCUGACCACUGAUAUCAGUCAGUUUCAUGGGGGUUUGUAUUUACAUGGUUGUAAAUAGUUGUGCUGACCUCUGGGCUAUGCAGCAGUUGUUUAUUAGUAAAUUAACUACACAUUAGAUCAGUAUUUUCUACAGGAUUCUUUGUUACUACUGGGGGCACCAACUGAAAAUCUACCAGCAGCCACUAAAAAAUUUUUUAACAGCCAAAAUGUUACCCAAUUACAUGCAGCAUGUUUCUAAAUAAUAAAUGUAUUCCAUGUAACAAGUAAUGCUGUAUUUAAUAAAAAUGUCAAAAAUCGUGA